GAAAUAAUAUCAUCCUGUCCUCCUUUCAGAGAAAUGCUUUAAUGUGAGUUGUCUGAAUCUGUUGGAAGCAAGCAGCAAACCUUGGUCGGUUGUCUCUUUAAAUCGACUCUGCAGUGUGACCGGCAGCCAGCGGCCGGGCUGGGAAGAACCAUUCCGGCUCUGCCGCAGGGAGCCGGGCCACCGCGCUGCCGCCAUCCGCGCCUCCCCCAGUCCCCAUGGUUACAGCUCCUGCUUCCCGGCCGGUCCUUCGUCCCCUGGCUGCCUCUGCAGAAGGCAGACGCAGGCGGCUGGCAUCCCCCAGCCCAGAGCUGGAAGCUGCCUGCAGAGAGCGCAUUGGAUGCCUGCUCCUCCUGGCUCUGACUCACUCCCUCCGGGUGCAGAGCUCCGUCCCCAGCGCUGCUGUCCACAGUCCGCCAGGCUGCAGCCCUACAAUCUGUUGAUAACUCCACUUGCAAGCUCCAAGGUCCAAUCUAAAGCCUUUCGUCAUGGAAAGCUGUUCCUUGGCACGAGGAACAUGUCACAUCUCGCCUGUGAGAGACGUGAGACCUGUGCCUCUCCAGCUGCUUUUACCAAAAUAGGUGGGUCACCCCACAGAUCCUCGGUCGACCCAUCACAUUCAUCCUGAGGUAGCCUGUCCAGGAUCUCAACCGUGACUACUUUGGGACUUGACCUUCCAGGUGGCCAUGGAGGCUAGCGGGGGAAAGGGCACAACAUAGUGGUCUCUGCCAGCAGCCCCACCGGUGCUCUUGCCUUCCUAACUCUGCAGAGCUCAUGGAUUUGAAGACUGUCCUCUCUCUGCCCCAGUACCCAGGGGAGUUCCUGCACCCCGUGGUAUAUGCUUGCACUGCGGUCAUGCUGCUGUGCCUCCUUGCCUCUGUCAUCACCUACAUCCUACACCAGAGUGCCAUCCGGAUCAGCCGGAAAGGCCGACACGCACUCCUGAACUUCUGCUUCCACGCAGCUCUGACUUUCACGGUGUUUGCCGGCGGCAUUAAUCGUACCAAGUACCCCAUCCUGUGCCAGGCGGUGGGCAUUGCACUGCACUAUUCUACACUCUCUACCAUGCUGUGGAUCGGAGUGACUGCCAGGAACAUCUACAAGCAGGUGACCAAGAAGGCCCCACCGUGCCCAGGUGCAGACCAGCCGCCGUACCCCAAGCAGCCCCUGCUCAGGUUCUACCUCAUCAGCGGAGGGGUUCCUUUCAUCAUCUGUGGUGUCACAGCUGCCACAAACAUCAGGAAUUAUGGGACCGAGAAUGAGGAUAUGGCAUACUGCUGGAUGGCCUGGGAGCCCAGCCUGGGCGCAUUCUAUGGGCCGGCUGCCUUCAUUGCCCUGGUCACCUGCGUGUACUUCCUUGGCACCUAUGUGCAGCUGCGGCGCCACCCUGAGCGUAGGUAUGAGCUCAGAGAGCGCACCGAGGAGCAGCAGCGGCUGGCAGGACCCGAGGGCAGCCGCCGCCACGGGAUACGUCCUGGCACGCCGCCGCCCGCCUGCGAUGCCCUGGCCGCCUCACAACUGCAAAAUGAGCACUCCUUCAAGGCCCAGCUGCGUGCUGCAGCCUUCACACUGUUCCUGUUCACGGCCACGUGGACCUUCGGGGCGCUGGCCGUGUCUCAGGACCACUUCUGGGACAUGAUCUUCAGCUGUCUGUAUGGAGCCUUCUGCGUGACGCUAGGACUCUUCGUACUCAUUCACCACUGCGCCAAGCGGGAGGACGUAUGGCGGUGCUGGUGGUCCUGCUGCCCCUCUCGGGGGGAUGCUUCUACCAAGCCCAGCGCCCACCCCACACUCAGUGCCAACGGAGAUGCGCUGGGACACACGGCCUGCCUGCAAGACUCACCGUGCCCUGGAAAGUUCAGGGGCUUUGGCCAUCCCCCUAUAGGCCACUGCAAGAUGACCAACCUACAGGCUGCCCAGGGCCAUGUCAGCUGCCUGUCACCCGCCACUCCCUGCUGUGCCAAGAUGCACUGUGAGCAGCUGAUGGAGGAGGAGGCCCACGUGCACAUGGCUGAGGAGGACGCCUUCUCCCACGACCCCCACCUGCACGACCCCCACCUGCACAGGUGCCUCAAGGGCAGAACUAAGCCUCGCUACUUCAGCCGGCACCAGGCUGCUGCAGCUGAAAGGGAGUACGCUUACCACAUCCCCUCCAGCCUAGAUGGUAGCCCACACAGCUCACGCUCGGACAGCGCCCCUAGCUCUCUUGAGGGCCCGGUGGGGGUGCACACAUUGGCCUGCUGUACCCAGGCUGACCCCUUCCCCAUGGUCAGCCAGCCUGAGGGUGGAAACACCAGUCCUGGGCUCUACGGCUGCCCUCCUCGGCCGUCCCCAGGUUCCACCCACUUAGAGAUGCUGCGGAGGACACAGUCCCUGCCCUUUGGUGGCCCCAGCCAAAAUGGGCUGCUCCAGGGUGAUGUUCGAGAAGGCCUGCCGUUCGGCACCGACGGGACAGGCAACAUCCGAACGGGACCCUGGAAAAAUGAAACUACAGUGUAGCUGGGUUGGGACCACCACUCCUUCACCAGUACCACUGUGUGUCCCUGGAGGAGCUUCAGGGCAGAGAGUGGCCCUCUGCCAUGUGAGGUUGAUGGGAGGGGAGAAUACUUGGUCUCCAAAGGGGCCAAGUGGGUCACACCCCUCAACCAUGACCCCUUUAUUGUGGAAGAACUCACUGGAAGAACACUGGGCAUGCGCACCUCCACUGGUCCCAAGGGGGGAGGUGGCUGUCCAUAAACUGUCAACCUGCUUUGUGUUUAUAGGUACCCUCCAUCGCUGCUGGGAGGGAACCUGGGAGACCUCUGCAGAGGCUCCAUCUGGUGUUCCUGCCUUUGGUAUAUGUGUGUUAGGUUUUACUCUAGAGACCACAACAGCAGCCCUCCAGAGCACGCCACUGGGCAGUGUCCCCACCCCCCAAUGACCUUGUGUUGCCUCACACCUGCAUCUUCACUGGGGACCCAUCUGGCACCUUUGCCUGCUCCCCAUCAGAACCCAUAUAGGAUGAGGCCGUGGCCUGACAGCCUGAGGGCAUCUUGGGUGCUGAGGCUGGCCUGCUAUGGAACCAUGAGGAGGAAAAACAGCCAAUGGCUGUGACUUUUAGAAGGCUGGCUACAGUCUCUCUGAGCCUGUGCUUUGGAAGAUGUCCAUACGCUUCUCAAUGGAGACUCCAUUUUAAAAGCCAGCCACUGUCGGACUGAAUUCUAUUCCAAAGUGAGUAUUUAGCAAUCAAGUUCUCUGUCCCACAAAGAGGGGGUAUGUGAUUGUCAUCAUGGACAAAAGUUUCUUUUCCUUUUUUUGCAUCUCCAUGAACACCUGGGCAUAAAACUCCACCUCAAAAGAUGUCAACAAUGAGCCUUUUGUAAAACCAAGUGUCUUGUCCCUGGAGGAGGUCCUCACAGAGGUGAGAGCCCAUGUGUCCAAGGGACCAACCUGUGAAACUGUGUUCACCUUUCCUUUCCCCGCUCUCUCUUCCAAAUCUGUGGCCCAUGUGCAUAUACAUGUACACACAUACACUUGAACACAUGCACACACCAUAUAUGUACACACUUGCAUGCACACAAACAUGUACAACCACAUAUACAUACAUACUUAUACAUAUUCACACCAUGCACAUCUUAGAUAUGUACAUCCAAACACCUACUCGCCAUAUACAUGCAUACACACACAUGUGCACAUGCCUGCACAAGCCACACGUGUGCGUACAUAUUGCAAUGCCUAUAUGUGUACGCACAGGUGUGUAUGUGCACCCAUAGAUGAUUAGUGUGUUUCAUAGCCCUGAGCACUGGGUUUCCAUUGCAGACCGUGGGUGAGUCACUGUGGCUUGCUUCACAGAACAUAGCCUUGUUGAUACCUCCUCAGAGGACAGGGCGUGGGUGAGCUCCUAGAUCACUGGAGGCAGUACAUUCUGUAGCCUGUGGUGGGCAGCGCCAUCUGGAGGCAGACACUCAGUAUCUGAGUAAGGAGUCAGGCACAGGAUUCUUACAAGCUAAUUAGCGAACUUGUCCCUAAUUGCAGUGUUCCACACCCAUUACAGACUUCAUGUGUCCUUCAGAUGGGCGGCAAGAACCAUCAGGCAGUUUUGGCUUCUUUAACUAUCCAGCCUCCUCACCUGCUUGUGUAACUGAUGUGCACAGAACCCACCCUGCUGUGUAUGCACUGUAGAUACAAACCUUUCAGAGGAAAAUACAGUGUUUUACAUUGUUCAUCCAUGGUGAAGCUGGUCAAUAGCAUCUGUGUUUUUCUCAGUCUUCACUGAGGGAAGGAAUGAGGCGGGGCUGGGACCCCAUCCAGGCUACUCCCUUGGGCCUGCCCCUAAUGUCAAACAGAGGUACCCCAUCAUUCAACCAAAGAAAUUCAGCAUUAAAUAUUGAAACUUG